CUCCUCCCUCAAGGGAGGGCAGAAGCGGGGCUCAAAAUGGCGGCCGGCCGCUACCGGCGUUUUCUUAAACUCUGUGAGGAAUGGCCAGUGGACGACACCAAACGGGGCCGAGACUUGGGCGCUUACCUUCGGCAGCGGGUAGCACAGGCCUUUCGGGAGGGAGAAAACACCCAGAUUGCAGAGCCUGAGGCCUGCGAGCAGAUGUACCAGAGUUUAGCACGAAUCCAUUCAAACUAUUACAAACACAAGUACCCUCGCCCCAGAGACACCAGCUUCAGUGGCCUGUCGUUGGAGGAGUACAAACUGAUUCUUUCCACAGACACCCUGGGAGAGUUCAAGGAAAUGAAUAAAGGCAUGUGGAAGAAACUACAGGAGAAGUUCGCCCCCAGGAGUCCUGAGGAGAAGCACAAGGCCUGGGCGCAGGUUUUAUCUCGCCAGCGAACCUAAGCACGGAGUCUUGUACGUUGUCAUCAUAAAUAAAACUGCCCUGGUUCCCCUCA